AUGGCCUACGUGCUCAAUGAAAGAAACCGAACUGGAUUCACGUACAAUGAAUAUUUUGUAACUGUUUGUUCAUUGCUCCCGAGAUGUCUGGACUAUAUCAAUAUAAAUGUCUUUCAGAAUUCUAUAACCGUAAUGUUAAACAAAAUGCAUAUAGUUCUUUGUCAAACAUUGCCUACGUAUUAUUUAAAAAUUAUCAAAUCAGCACGGAAGAAUACAGAAAAAGAAGUUAUUUAUAAGGAAAUUGAGAGAAAUUUGAUAUAUCUAAUAUCAAUGUUAGAGAAUAAAACAAAAAUUCGUUACAACUUAUUUGAGGAUCCAAACUACCAGGAAAGCAGUAAGAAUUUUCUUUUCAGUGUUUACAAUAACAUUGGUAAAUUCGAUAUGAUAACAUGUAUGAGUGAAAAUCUCGGAAGCAUUAAGAAUUAUCCUACCGUCAAAAAAACGCUUAACGAAAAGGAAUUACAAAAGUUGUUUACCAGAAACAAUAAAAUUAAACAAUUUUUAGAAAACAAAAAAGUUUUUUUGGAUGUAAACAUGAAUUAUACAGAUAGACUUAAAAAAAAAUGCGGUCUGUCAAAAUAUGAAAUUCGAACAAAUGAUUUGUCUAUGUUUGAAGCAAUGCACAAAUUAUUUGUUUAUACAUUACAUCGACUCCAACAAUUCUUUUCUAACACUUUAUUAAAGACUCAAAACAAAAAUUCACGAAUAACUGAAAAUGACCUGGUUGAUAUAGGCAUAAUAACAAAAAUGAUACUCGAAUUAUGUCAGAGUAUCUCAUACAUUCUUGUUUUUUUUAAAGAAAAUAUGUUUAACGAUGACUUGAAAAUAUUCAACGUGUAUUUUACGUUCUGCUUCGACUUUACGGAAUACACCAAUACGCGUUGCAUAAGUGCAUUUCACAGUACACCAGCAGCUAAGCGAUUCAAGAAACAGCGGAUAAAUUGUUUAUGGGAGUCGUUGAUAAACCUUUGGACGUAUAAUAUAUUCGUAACAACCACUAAGGUCCCGAAAAUAAAAUACGACAAGUAUUUAAGAAAUAAAGAUUGUAUAUACUAUUACAGGGACUAUCUAACGACCCUCUACGAUAGCAUCAGACAAUAUGACAAAGAAAUUGGCGUAUGGACCACGUUUCAGUGGUUGAGCGGUAAAUAUUUUCUUACCGAAAAUUUCGAAAACGUAGAUAUGAAUGAAUUAAAAUUGAAAAAUAUAAAAAUUAAAAACGUUACUAUGAGUUUAUCAGUGGCGUAUUAUUCGCUAUUACCGUGGAGUAUAAACACAUUCCCUGUAGGCCUACUUCAUAAUAUGAUAUUACAGCAUCUAAACAGAACGAUGAAUACGUACGUUUACCGAUACGCGCUAAUUAUAGAUUUGUACUUAAAGCGCACAGGUAGCAGCAACAAUUCUCACGUUUUACAAAACAUACGAAAUAGUGUUCGGUGGUAUACGGACGGGACAGAAUUGUUUUACAAAUAUCUUAAUUUACCUUUGUACACUGAUAAAGACCCACAGAGUGAAUCCUUACAAUCUUUUGAAAUAAGAACUAUAAUUUCUAGAAUAAAACAUCUAGAUGAUAACGGUAAAAUAAGUAUCAACGACGUCAUUCCUAUAGACGUACAAGCCGAUUUAUUGAAGUGGUUCGAAACCGAACUUCCCGAUAACGAUGAAGAGUACCAUCAAUUCAACACGAUUAUAAAUAAGAAUUGCAUGGACGCUAUGGACUACAUCAAUACUUUCCUUUCGAUCGCAGUGAAGUCUUUGGACAUAAAAUCCGAAUUCUAUCCUCCUUCAAUUACGUACACCGAUUACUGCCCGGAAAAUAUAUUUAAUGUUAAAUCGGUCGAAAAACCAAUAAGAGUAAAUAAAUUUAGUACUUUUUUUCUUUUUUAA